AUGGUUGCUGAAAAAAUUAGCUGGGACUCUAUCAAAGGCAAGGAACAUCCGGUGCUCUCGCCGGGCUUUGUGAGCAAUGGCCACGUGUUCACGUCAGGGAUCAUUGGCUCAAACUACGCUACCGGCGAAACCCCUGAAAAGGUCGAGGACCAGGUUCAUCUGGCCAUCAAGAACCUCGAGAACGUGCUCAAGGCUGCCGGCUCUUCUCUCGACAAGGUGUUUAAGGUGACCAUGUUCAUCUCCCACGCAGAGUACUCCAAAGUCGUCAACGAGAUCUACGGCCAAUACUUCCCGCAAAAACCGGCCAGAAGCUGUGUCGUGGUUGCAUUUAUGGAUGCAGCUAUUAAAUACGAGCUGGAGGCUGUGGCCACACUAGAUUAA